AUGUUCCUCGCGCUGAGACAUAGGGCUGUCCUAGGGCCACGGACUACUCUAUUCGUGGCUCGUCAGCCGCCAAUUCGGUUCGCAUCGACGACAGGACAUUUCAAUGCUAGAGGUGUUUGGAACGACGUUUUACUUAGGUGGAGGAACGCCUCAAAGAACGGAAAAAGAGUCACAUACCUUACUGGGGGCACCAGUCUCGCUGUACUUGGUUUACUGCUGGUUGACGGUAGGGACAGCGACGAGGCCACCGACUCGCACGACGUGAAAGCGCUGUCGCGGGUUCCAUUCGGGAAACUGUUUACGGGGUGGAUAGCGUUUACAUUCUGUUCCUCCCCAACCUGGGUCGAUAUCAGCGAAACACUCUACAACGUCCUCAGCCGAAUCCCCAUCCUCGAAUCCAUAACGGACUUCUUCGUCAUCAGAACCUUUUUCAACCAAUUCCUCGGCGGGAAAACAACGGACGACUGCAUCCCCAAGAUCCAAGCACUCCGCUAUAACCAUAUCGGGACUCUACUCGGGUAUAACAUCGAAGCCGAACUUGACGGGUCAAGUAAAGACCCCAGAUUAAUUAGAAUCCAAACAAAGCAUGUUCUGGAAUCAAUCGAGGCGCAGGGGAAACUAGGCAGAGAAUUCUGCCCUGAUACGGCCAGGACAAGCGGGGAUAGUCGCUCCUGGGUCCGGAUUAAAGUUACAGGACUCCUUCCACAUCCUAUUGCUUUACUCCAUGGCUCGAAUGCAAUUCUUGAAGCGAGGGAUGCGAAGGGACUCGAUAAAGAUGUCCCGUAUCCUGGCCUCCCUCACGACGGCGACUGGGAGGCAGCAUUAAGCGGGAAACAAGUGACGGCUUCUGAUCGGCGACAGCUGCUCGAUUUAUACUCGACCCUAGAUAUGAUUAUGAAAAGGGGACGCGAGAAUAAUGUCAGGAUUAUUGUCGAUGCUGAACAGACCUGGUACCAACCUAUCAUUGACAGUUUAACCGAUGAACUUAUGCAGAAGUAUAACACGCUAGACGGCCCAGCUACAUGCGUUGCUUCGUUCCAGGCUUAUCUUCGACGAUACCCGCAGCUACUGGAGCAGCAGAUCCAGCGAGCGCAGGAAAAGGGGUAUAAACUCCUGUUUAAACAAGUCAGAGGGGCCUAUAUCAAGACUGAGGGUGAGCGGUGGACAAAGGAAGAUCGUCAAGGCCCCGGUCCUGUGUGGGGUACAAAAGCCGAAACCGACGCGAGCUUUAAUUACGGCGUGGAGAAGGCGCUGAGAGCUGUGAGUAAACAGAUCCAGGAGAGUGGGUGCUCUGUACUCGGUGCGGUGUUUGCGACGCAUAACUCGUGUAGUGUGGAUCUGGGGAUCAGGCUUCUGGAGGAAUAUGGGUUAGCGGAGCGCAGGAGUGAUGGGAAGCUUAUCGUCUCGAAUGAGGCUGCUGGGAGUGUUGCCUUUGGGCAGCUCUAUGGAAUGAAAGACGACCUUACGAACAAGAUCGUGGGCUCUGUCACUACGAAGGAUGGAUUUCCUCUUGUAGUCAAGUCUAUGAGUUACGGUGAUCUUAAAGAAUGCCUGCCGUUCCUAGCUAGGAGAGCCACCGAAAACAAAGCUGUUCUGGAGGGAAGGGGUGGUGCACGCUCUGAGAGGGUCAGGCUGGGUCGUGAGAUUCGAAGACGCCUACUUCCUUGGACAUCAUACUAG